AUGGCUCGACUCAGCAAUAUCUCCGUCGUCGUUCCUCUUCCAUCCUUUGACAUCAAUCCCCUGAAGAAAUUUGAUGAAAACUUCUUUGAUCGUGCUAUUGACGACAUCUUGUCUGAGGAAGCGAGCAUUGAAGGAUCCCGAGACGAGAUGAUGGACGGCGACAUUGACAUCUCGAGCCCCUUCGGGUAUGAUGGCACGUCGGACUCCUCAAAGCCCAAAUUUCGUCGAAGCCAAAGGGUCGAAGACAGGUUGUCGCAAUUUUCUACACCGUCGACCUCCUCGCCUGCAACUAGCAAGGCACAGAAACCGACGCCGAGAAAAUCCUCGAGAAAAACGAAGCAUAUGACAAUGGAAGAUAACAAUAGUAAUGAUGAAGCUCCCGUGAAUCCCGAAAACGUUACACGACCUCAGCACGAAAAUGAAGUCAUAAAAGUUCAGUCCUGUCCCAUCCACGAGGCCGGUGAUCACCCUUCUACACUUCCCGGAAUCACUGAGUCUCCCGCAAUGCCGAUUGAUGACAGUGAAAGGACGAUCGAAGACACGAUAUUCGAUUCAGUGGGUCUAGAAAAGCGGAUUGAGGUAUUGAAGUUCAUCGCAUCACGUCCUUUCAUGAUAAAACCGGUUCAACCGGUUCGUCGUUCGGACAGACGAAAAUUCAAUAGCCAACUGCGCAGUGUCGCUGCAGAGGCUGGACUGGGCGACACAGCUAUCGAUGCUUUGAUUGAGCACGUUCGAGGUGUUUACCUUGAGGAGCUUGGAAUUGUGGCAGCAAAAUAUGCCGGCUCUGCAUUUGGGGAUGAAGUGGACGGCGAGGAAGACACAUACACCGAGCGCUCGCACCGAAAACGGCGUAAAAGCAGCUCCGGUCACACCGAGGACGAUGAGCGUAAGAAAAACAAGAGGCGUCACUCGGAUCCGGCAAAACCGCACAUCCACGAUGCUCUGCAGCAUGAUGAGCCAACCAAGGUAGUGAAAUCGUUCGAGGCAGAUGCUCUAGAAAGUGUCCCUACUGAAAUCCAGGACAAGGGUUAUGUUGAGCUGGAUGAACUGAAACAUAAGAACAACACACCGGAUCUACCCAAAAUGCCCACGAACUUCGUUCUGGGUAGCCCCAGUUCACCUAUCGACUUAACCGACGACUCUUCGCCCUAUGGCAAGUUUGUCUCUCAAUUCAAGGAUGUUUUGCUUCAAAAGGAACGUGUUGAUGACAUCGGGGAGUUCAAAGAUCUUGACAAGAGCAACGAAGAAACUCUUACACGUCGCUUGUCACUUGACGCCCGGAAAGAGGAUAUUCAUGAGAACCGAUCGCCUGAAAAAGUGGUCGAAAUAAAGCCGUCGAAGCGUCGUGAGUCAAGCAAAGAAUCAAAGAUAGAAAGAAACCGACGCAAGCGCGAACGGAGAAAGUCGCGCAACAAACAUUACAUGAAAGGUGACUCCGCUGGUGGAGCAGAGAAGCAGCUUGAAGGCCAUUCCGCCGAUGGGGCAUAUAAAGACCGAAUUCCGCCUUCCACUCCGCCGCAAACCUCUUCUGAGAAUUUUAAUGGAAGUAAUGCAAGCAAACGAAGCUCCAGUCAGCCCCCGCUACCCGCCGAUCCAAAUCUGUGGGAUGAGGAUUUUUGA